AUGUUCUCUUGUCCUCCUUUCUCCGCUGGCGAAGAAAAGGAGAAGAGAACACAGCCCGGUUCUAAGUUCCGUAAGGGCUUCCUCUGUAGUUUUUCCUCGAGUUCGAGGCUUAAGGGAAAAUGUUCAGUGUCACCAAGCACUCCCACAUUUGUUCCCUCGCACGUCAGUUCAGACGAUUGCGCAAUAAAGAUGACAUCAUCGCAUCCAAGCCACGGGCUGAGGGCGAUGUGUUCUACAAUACAAAACACAAUAAAUGUGGCGAUAGUGUGCGAAAAUCCCGAGACCCCGGCGUGCACCCCCCCAGUUUUACCACUGGAGGGCGCGCUCGCUCUGUCGGCAAAGCCCUGCGCGGCGGCGGUUGUGACGUCAUCAAUGCGCGACCAGAGUUGUGUGCGCGCAGGUUCCCUUUCUGCGCACCUCGUCAAUUGGCGCGCAUGCGCGGUUCCUUCGUGGGUUUUAAACACGGUUUCACGGGGAUACAGGCUUCAAUUCGCAAUGAAACCGCCCAGAUUCAACGGUGUGGUGAUCUCGGUGGCCGAAGGGGAGUCGGCUCGCGUCCUAACGACCGAGAUCGACUCUCUUUUGAGCAAAAGGGCAAUCAGAGUUGUUCCGGAGGCGGAAAGCCGUCAGGGUUUUUACUCCCGGUACUUUGUGAUCCCGAAGAGAGGGAGCGCAUCUCUCCGUCCGAUCUUGGAUUUGCGUGUGUUAAACAGACACCUGAGAAAAUAUUCAUUCAGAAUGUUGACACACAAAGCACUCUGUCGGUCGAUCCGUCCAAACGAUUGGUUUGUGACGAUCGAUCUGUCAGACGCGUAUUUUCACAUAGACGUUUACCCGUCACACAGAAAAUAUUUGAGGUUUGCGCACAGAAGCACUGCCUACGAGUUUCAAACCAUUCCGUUCGGACUGUCUCUCGCUCCGAGAACUUUCAGCAAGUGUGUGGAGGCGGCUCUUUUGCCGUUGAGAAACAGCGGCAUUCGGAUUUUGUCUUAUAUAGACGAUUAUCUGAUAUGCUCCUCGUCAAGAGAGCAAGCGGUCAGAGAUGCGGAGAGCGUAGUCACUCAUCUCUGCAGCUUGGGUUUCAAAAUAAACAGGGAAAAGAGCCGCUUGUGUCCCGCGCAGUGCGCGGAAUAUCUGGGACUCAGUAUAAAUUCCCUCUCUUAUCGAGUCACGCUGACAGAGAGGAGAAUCGCAUCUCUCAUUCAGUGUCGCUCCCGUUUUCGGGCUGGGUCUAUGGUCCCGUUCCGGGUGUGCCUACGAAUGCUGGGUUUAAUGGCCUCAGUGAUUUCUGUGGUGCGUCUGGGACUUCUCAUGAUGAGAGAUUUUCAGAGAUGGGUCGCGCGGUUGCGCUUAUGUCCCCGACGUCAUCUCAAUCGGCCGGUAAAAAUAACACAUUCGUGCGUCUUAGCGCUCCGCCAAUGGGGAUGCCCCGCGACGCUUUGGUCGGGGAUUCCCUUGGGGGCGGUGUCGUCGCGAGUUACUAUGACGACGGACGCGUCUUUGAAGGGCUGGGGUGCGACCCUUAUGGGCAGAGCUGUGAACGGCGUGUGGCCACCACAGCUGAUCCCGAGACAUAUAAACUACUUGGAGUUGUUGGCAGUAUUUCUGGCACUGAAGCACUUUCUGCCUUUUGUAAAGGACCGACAUGUGUUAGUGAAAACAGACAAUUCCACAGUGGUCGCGUACAUCAACCGGCAGGGAGGUGUGCGCUCCCUCCAGCUGCAUCAGUUGGCGAGGAAACUGAUAAUGUGGUGCGACACAAGGUUUUUGUCCAUCAGGGCGACUCAUGUUCCAGGCGUAUGGAACAGGGGUGCAGAUCUAUUGUCCAGGGGAAACCCUCUGUACGGGGAAUGGAAACUGCACACUCAGGUGGUGGAGCAGAUAUGGCAGAGAUACGGCCGGGCCGUCAGAGAUCACGCCUCGCGAGAAAACGCUCAGUGUCCUCUGUUCUUUUCUCUGAGGGACGAAGAUGCACCGUUGGGUGUGGAUGCGUUAGCCCACCCGUGGCCAAACGUUCUUCUCUACGCGUUCCCUCCACUGAGCUUGAUUUCCCCCACCCUGGCCAGGGUCAGGGAACUCAGCUUGUCACUGAUUCUGAUAGCUCCACGUUGGGCUUCCAGGCACUGGAUCGCGGAAAUAGUUCAGCUACUGUCGGAUCAGCCUUGGCCACUCCCUCCACGGAGGGACCUUCUGUCCCAGGCGGGCGGGGAGAUUUAUCAUCCGCACCCGGACAGAAUUGCUCUCUGGGCCUGGCCCGUGAGAGGUGGAACUUGAGUGUGGCUGGUUUGCCCCGGUCGGUUAUACACACUAUCCAGUGUGCCAGGGCCUCGUCUACUCGCACGCUUUAUGACAAUAAAUGGCGAGUUUUUGAGGAGUGGUGUGGCCGCGGUCACGUUGUC